AUGGUGGAUUCCCUGCUUCAUUCAUCGCUGCCUCAGGGGGAACCUGAGCCUGCCAACUGCCGCGCUACUCCAGAGACCAUGAUCCUGCCUAGCUCCACCGCUUGGGGCGCCAAGACAGCCGGAACCUGCAAAGGCCUCCGACAGCGACAUGGGGUGUCUUGCCAAGCCCUGGUCCGCCCCUACCCCCACGCAUUGGUCUUCCCUAGAGCUGGGGCGACCCGGCGGUUAAACAACCUGAGAGAGCGUUUAUCCAAUGCGUACUCACAGACUCCCAAGAGACUAUCCCUUUUAAAAAAGGGGGGGGGGGGGGGGGGGUGGGGAGGGGGGGGGGGGGGGGGGGGGGGGGGGGGGGGGGGGGGGGGGGGGGGGGGGUGGGGGGGGGGGGGGGGGGGGGGGGGGGGGGGGGGGGGGGGGGGGGGGGGGGGGGGGGGGGGGGGGGGGGGGGGGGGGGGGGGGGGGGGGGGGGGGGGGGGGGGGGGGGGGGGGGGGGGGGGGGGGGGGGGGGGGGGGGGGGGGGGGGGGGGGGGGGGGGGGGGGGGGGGGGGGGGGGGGGGGGGGGGGGGGGGGGGGGGGGGGGGGGGGGGGGGGGGGGGGGGGGGGGGGGUGCCAGCCACUUCCGCCCUGCCUUUUGCGGCAUAA